CUUCAACUGUGCAACUGUCAUACUUGUCAUCAACGAAAUCGAGCUGCGGUUCGCGGCGUUCAAUACGCUAAAUUUUUUAAAUUAAUCAACGUGUCGAAUUCGUUUAAUUAUACCUAUUUACGCGUCAGCGGUGAAUGUAGUCCAUGAUUACCACAGUACCACAUAGCUGCUAAAUAAAUUAUCCAAGCAACAUGUUCAUAGUAGGCCUAACUGGUGGACUGGCGACUGGAAAAAGUACAGUACUUUCAAUAUUUCGAGCCAAUGGCAUAGCAGUAAUUGAUGCAGAUGAAGUAGCGAGACAAGUGUUGCAGCCAGGUACUAAAGCGUGGAAUGAACUCCGAGAUUUCUUUGGAGAUGAGGUGCUCCUGCCCGAUGGUAAUGUAAACAGGGCGAGGCUGGGUGAGAUUGUGUUUGACGAUAUUGAAAAGAGAAGAAAACUCAAUAGUAUCACUCACCCUAGAAUACAAAGAGCAAUGAUGAAGAUGGCUAUAUCAUAUUUCUUCUCUGGCCAUAGCUACAUUGUCAUGGAAGUGCCACUGUUAUUUGAAACUGGGAAGAUGUUGACCUUCAUGCACAAAAUUAUAACUGUUGUUUGUGAAGAUCACCAGCAAAUGGAAAGGUUGUGCAAACGCAAUGAUUUCUCAGAAACUGUCGCGAAGAAACGCAUAUCGUGUCAGAUGCCUCUUGAAGAAAAGGUGGCGAAGUCUCACUUCGUAAUCGAUAACUCUGGAAGUUUCGAGAACACUAGGCAACAAACAGAAUGCAUAAUUAGAUUGCUCAAGCGGUCUAAGUUUACUUGGUACUUCCGAGCAAUAUUCGGCAUUGCUUUCUUAUCUGUGAUCUUUGGAAUCGGUCAUAUAGUCAACAACUUUAUAAUAAAUAGAAAUGAUUGAUUCAUUUACUUAAUAGUAUGUAAUACAAUGUGUGAAUGCAAGGAAAUGGAAAUUGAAUCUAAAGUCCAUUUUCUAAGCCGUAUAUUUGACGUA